AAAGACCUUUUGUAAUUUGCCAUAUCCAUCGGUUCAGCCACCCACCUUCCCCCCCCUGCUGUUUUUUGUUCGUACACAACCCAUAUUUUUGAUCGAUCAUCCUGCUCUGAUCAACCGUCGUCAAAUCGGCUUAUACACAUACGACAGGCUGUUCGGUUGAAUUAACUUCUCCACUCUCCAUAUCACUCGUCUGACUCAUCCACAUCCGAGAGCCCAAAACUCUUAAACCCUCUUCCGGCGCUCUUGACCGUCUUUCACCCCCCCCCUGCCCUUGGCCUGCUGCUGCUGGUCCCUCGUCUUGACCUAAACAAUCAACACAGCUCGGCUUCCAUCGAUCCAGCCUACCAAAGCCCAUCCAUCCAAACCCACCGCUCCUCCACUUAUCCUUCCCAACUCAACCACUGCUUUCCCCUUUGUUCUUCAAAUCCAAUGGCCGAAGUCACCUCUCGUGGAGGUGGUUUACCUCGUGGUGCUCCUCACCGAACUCGUGGUCGUGGGCGUGGUCGUGGGGCAUCUAACUCGACAAUCUCCGGUUCUCAUUCGGCCGCCGCUAAUGGGCUUGAGCACAAGAUUAACGGACACUCUUCUCAUCCCGAAAGGUCCUCUACUCACCGUCCGGUCGGUAGUCAGGACGAACCUGAAGAACUGAAGCUCAUCCGAAAAAAGCAUGGCCACAACCUUGCAACUAUCAAAGAGUUGUUUCCCAAUUGGACCGAUGAGGACCUACUAAUGGCUCUCAACGAAGCUGCUGGCGACCUAGAGUUAGCAGCUGCCCGGAUCAGUGAAGGCCUCGCCGAAAAAUGGGGCUCGGUCAAGACAAAAAAAGAGAAGAAGACAAGCUCACCUGUCCUUCCUUCCUCCCAACACUCUCGUGGUCAUGCUCCUGCGAUCAACAGCCCUGCUGAGGGUCGUGGUGGCCGAGGUCGAAGUGACGUACCUCGAGGCUCAUCGCGUGGUGGUGGACGUGGAGCUGCUCCUCGAGGUGUCGGGCGUGGCCAAUCGUCCACAAACCUUGCUCGAGGUACCCAUCCUGCAGCCGAUGACCCGUCAAUCGCCAUAACAACCCCCUCGAGCUGGAGUUUAGCCGUGACUGCGCCUCACAACGAGUCGACCAAUCCAUCCGGUCCGUCCGCCUCGCUGGCCACGAUCGGAAACGACCUGGAACAACCCAUUGAUCUGGGAAUCACUAGCCAAAACGUUGGGGCGUUGCCACCUGCGGAGCCCAAGUGUGAAACAAUUCCAAGUCAAGCAACUCACGAUGCGAACCAAAAUGGCACAGCCGUAUCUGAGCUCGCCAAGAAACCCACAAGUCGUGUCAUAACCCCCGGGACCAAAAUGAGUUGGGCUCAAAUCGCCAGGCCGGUCGACCCCCCCAAGCCUCCUGUUGCACCGGUUGUCCCGGCACCCACAUCCAUCGGUCUCUUAUCCGGAACGGAUGUGGAUUCGGAUGUCACAAAGAAGGGAGCACCAACAGACGCGCUGGCUGCUCAAACCACUGUCGACUCCCAACUACACGAGGGUCAAGUGACGAUAAGCAUUCCGGACGCGACGGCGGAUGUAUGGCACACUGAACCAGUGCCAGCCAUGGACGAAUUGAAGGCCAACAUCUCCGGUACCGGUCCGAAUGUUUGGAACGAUGACCCUGUCCUCCAGCCACUCGGUGUCGGAGAGGGGUGGGCAGAAGCCGUUCUCGCUCAACCGAACGAGAGCACCACUAGCAUUUUCGAUCAACAAGCUGCCAGCAAACUUGUCCUCACCCCCUCUGACGCUCCCAGCAUUGGACCGAUCGAGUUGACGACGCCGUCUGUAUCAGCGCCAGUGCUUGAACCAGCCGUGGCGCAACCGACAAACGUUACUGAUCGCGGCCUUCAUGUGCCCGAGCCAGCAUCAAUUUUAAACUCGGGCUCCAAUCAGUCUAACACCCUUCCAACUACCUCCAUUCUUGCUCCACCCGGAUUAACCAAACGUGCCAGCACGAGAAAGGGUCAGGAUGCCGCAGUUGUAAUGCCAGGGAGUGGAACUCCCACUAUGGAUAGGAUGGGAUUGAAAUUCGGCAGCCUCAGUUUAUUUGGCGAAGCCGCUGAAACAGGCGAAGCAUCACAGGUUCAACCUCUUGAUGCCCCAACACCUCCUGUACCUAUCAUUGAGGAAGCGUUGGUCAAAGAGUCUAGCUUGAAACCUGAUGACAACCAGGUUGAAAAGGCAUUGACUCCUCAACCGACCGCAGAGCCAGUGAAAUCACCUAGUCCUCCAGUGGCUACCCAACCGGUGGAAGAACAUCCGGCGCCCCCACAGCUUAGUCAUCAACCUACACAACCGGUGCAACACGUUCAACCUCAGCCUAUCAACCCACCCGCUGCGGCUCCAGUUCAAGCUACCGCUACCCAACCCCAUUCCUCCAGUUUCAACUCGCGCUAUCAAUCAAAUAACCAGUAUGCUGCCCCAGAGCCUAGUGCAGUCCAGCAGCCCAACGCCACCUCGCAAGCUCCUCAACCCCAACAACAGGACGCUUUCUCGCAUUAUUCCGGCUUUAGACAAGACCCAAUGGCGGCUUACUUCCAGCAGCAACAACAGCCGCAAUCUGCACUCGCUCAACAUUCCAAUAGUCCUGUCCCUGCCAGUCAAUCCCCGGCGGCAUACGGUACUUUCAAUCAUAUGAAUCAGCAAGUCCCACAACAAAGUCAACAACCCGCCCAAAGCUCUUUUGGUCAAGCUCCACAGUCAGUACCGGACUAUGCAGCUAUUUACGGCCAAGACGCGCUCAGAUCUCUGGGAUACUAUGACUCGUACGCUCAUGCUCAAGCCGCCCAAGCCGCGUUCCAAAAUCGUUCACCUCACGGCGCUGCCGAUGACUCGUCGAAACCUGCUGCUUCAGCCCAAACAGCUCCGCCCCCAGGUCAGCCACAAGCCGGUCAUCAUCAACACCAUCAUCCACCUCAGCAGCCACAGCAGCAACAGUCACAGCCUUCUGGAACAUCUGUUAGCACCGCCGCCCAACAGUACCCUGGUAUGCAGCCUUCCCCGAUGCCCUACCCAUACUAUCCUUACUACCAACAGUAUGGUCAACUACCACCGAACUAUCAAAACCCGGCAUAUCCAUAUGCGCUACAAGCCCCUUCUCCGUACUACUCUGUUCAGGGCUCACAGCAGUACCAAGCUGCAAACACCCGAGCGGGCCAAUCCCAGUAUCCAAUGCAAGGUGGUCCCGGAACUAACGUCGCCGCAGGUCCGAAUUCCUUGCCGAUCUCACAUGGUCACCAGCAGCAACAUGCGUCACAACACGGUCUCGGAGGUGCGGGGGUGGUUACAAACAAUGCUGGCUUCCGACAAGUCUCGCAACCAGGAGUUGGUGCAAGCCAAAUCCCAAAUGGGCAAGUAGCUGGCCAAGGAAUAGGUGGAGGGAACUCAGGUUUGGUCGGUUCUGGAGGUAGUAGUGGAAUGCCAACUAGUCAGCAACCCAGUUCGAUGCAUCAACAACAUGGAUACUACGGAAGUGGCUAUGGCGGUUAUGGCGGAGAUCCUCAACAGACUCAACAAGGCGGUGGAGGGAUGGGUAGUGCGGCCAACAACAGCCAUCACCAUCAUCACCACCAUCAAGCACAGCAGCAACACGUGUCACGCCAAUCCGGACAUCACCAGCAUUCUCAUCACGCUGGGACUGUGCCUACGGGGGCCUCUGGAGGUGGACAAGGUGCAAAUGAACGCAAAGAUCCGUUCACAUUUGCAUCUGACCGAUUCUUCAAUCAGUAAUUGUCAGACUUCAUAGGCCUUUGUCAAACAAAAAACAAAAGAACUGAUAAACACUCAGUUGCUUUGUGGGUGGCUUUGCUUUUUAGUAGAGGAUUAAAUUUGGAAGAAUUACACAUCCUCCCCAGAAAAAACCAAAAACACCCACACUUCCCCUAUCAACAAAUUGAAUGACGGAGUUUGCUAGCAAAGAUACGAAAUGGCAACCAACUGCUCUUUUUCGUCUGACUCAUCUUCUUUUUGCUGUUUUCUUUUGGUCCAGUUGAUGAUGUUGUAAUCCUUUUUUUGACUCUUAAACAUUGGUUUUAUAUCUUUAUCUCAAUACACCCUCUUCUCUACUUCAGUCUGCUUCCUCUGAGCCUUGAGAUAUCUUAUGAAAAACACACCCCUCCUCUUCUAAUAUUAAGUCUGCUGUUUGGCAAAGAGAGAGGGGUAAGAGCAAACAGAAGUAGAAAAAAUUUGAGUGG